CGGAGCGGGAGCUCGAGAAGGCCAUGGAGGAGCACCAGGCCGCCCGCGGCCGCCUCCAGCGCACCACGCUGCAGGUGGAGCACAUGAAGAGGUGGACCGCCCGCGUGGGGCAGCUGCUCAGCAGCAUCGAGGAGCCCGCUGAGGUGAGGGGCCACGGCGACCUCCGCGGGUUCUUCGACAAGCUGCAGGCCACGAUAGAGAAGUUCACGCGGAAGGUCGGGCAGCAGAUCGCCGACGGCAAGCUCACUCGGAAGGUCCUGAUGAACGAGUUCAGCAAGGAGUACGCUCGGCAGAACGAGAUGCUCGCCGACCCGAACUUCAUCAG